AUGGCUUUAGGUUCUUCAUUUUGUUUACUAUUAGUUACAUGUAUGAUUAUGAUUGGUAUAACUACUAAUUCAGCUGCGGAUUUAUCAGAUACAUUCUACGAUGAAUCUUGUCCCAAAGCUCUUCGAACAAUUAGGAAAACAGUGCAAGAGGCUGUUUCUAACGAGUCUCGCAUGGGAGCUUCCUUGCUUCGACUGCAUUUUCAUGACUGCUUUGUUCUAGGUUGUGAUGCAUCGGUGUUGUUAGACGACACGGCGAAUUUCACAGGCGAAAAGAAAUCGUUUCCAAACGCGAACUCGUUAAGAGGUUUUGAGGUGAUUGACAAUAUCAAAUCUCAAUUGGAGGAAAUGUGUCCUAAAACUGUUUCUUGUGCUGAUAUCUUAACCCUAGCUGCUAGAGACGCUGUUGCUGCUCUUGGUGGACAAAGAUGGAAUGUACUAUUAGGAAGAAGAGAUUCAACAACAGCAAGCUUAGAUUUAUCAAAUUCUGACUUACCUGGUCCUUCUUUGGAUCUUGAUGCCCUUAUCACUGCUUUUGCCAAGAAAAAUAUGACUGCUGAAGAAAUGGUUACUUUAUCAGGUGGUCACACAAUCGGAAAAGUGAGAUGCCGAUUUUUCAGAUCAAGGAUAUACAAUGAAACAAACAUAGACCCUAAUUUUGCUACAACAAUGCAAGCAUUGUGUCCAUUUGAAGGAGGAGAUGAUGAUUUAUCUCCAUUUGACUCAAGCACACCAGAUAAUUUCGACAAUGCUUUCUACACUAACUUGGUCAACAAGAAAGGUCUAGUACACACUGAUCAACAACUAUUUGCUAAUGCAACAUCUUCCACAAGCUCUCAAGUAAGAACAUAUAGCAGAAACAUGGGACGCUUCAAAAAAGAUUUUGCAGAUGCAAUGUUUAAGAUGACAAUGCUUAGUCCACUUACUGGUAAUGAUGGUCAGAUUAGGACUAAUUGCAGAUUUGUUAAUUAA